AUGCGCGGAUCCGACGACCGCGUGGAGGUGUUCAAGCUGGCGGAGAACCUCUGGUUCGCCGGAACCGCGCAGCUGCCGCCGGCGCCUGAAGGCGCGGCGAGCCACAACGGCAGCGACGACGGCAGUGGGGAGAGCGGCGAGAAUCGGAGCGAGCGGAAGCUGCAAUCGGCCGCUGCAAGCGCACCAGCCCCUGGUGUGGAUCCCAUGGAGCAGCGAUUGGCGGAGGUGGGGGAACUUUCGGCGCGCACGACGGAGCUGAAACAAGUCGUGAAGAGGAAACCGGCGGUUGGGUUUCCCGCGAUGGUUGUUUCUUUGGUGCGCUGCCACGGGUGGUGGAUGGAGAGGAGGGUGCCGCAAAACACGUCAGUGUUAGGAGACUUCAUUAAUUCUAUGACGUGCACCUUUGAUCGCCAAGCCAAGCGCUUCUACCUCUCUGCCUCUUGGUCUUCAGGGGGAUUCAACAACACGUAUGACAAGAUUGGGCAGACGAGGAGGCGAGGCAACACAACAGUGGGCUCGGGGCUGAUAGUGGCAGCGUCAACCACGGACGACCCCACCCGGGACUGGAACGUCUUCUUUAUUCCCGGCUCGUACGCUCGCCCCCUCUUUCAUGCUGUUUCUCACAUUGCUCACCGUCUUGCACCGUUUCCCAUGACAUCACCCUUCCGUCUUCUCCCCAACUUCCGUCUUCUCCCCAACUUCCGUCUUCUCCCCAACUUCCGUCUUCUCCCCAACUUCCGUCUUCUCCCCAACUUCCGUCUUCUCCCCAACUUCCGUCUUCUCCCCAACUUCCGUCUUCUCCCCAACUUCCGUCUUCUCCCCAACUUCCGUCUUCUCCCCAACUUCCGUCUUCUCCCCAACUUCCGUCUUCUCCCCAACUUCCGUCCUCUCCUUCCCACUCGUUCCUACCUCUCCCCUCUCCCAGCAACGACGGCAUCAACUCCAAUCCGGAUUGGAGGGCCCCUCUCCACUUUGACACAUCUCGACUCACCACUUUCCCUCCCCAUCCUUUUCCCAUCAUCUUCGUCCCCAUCUCUCCCCUCUUCCCCUCGUCUUCCCCUUCUCUCCCCUCACCUACCCCCUCCUUCCCCUCCCACUCCACUUCUCUCCUCCCCCUUCCUGCGCCUUCCUGUCCCACUACCUCCUCCCUUGCCCUUCCUCCCCAACCAGUGCAAUCGCCAAGCCACAGAUCCAAAGGCCAGAGAAUGCCACCAUUCUCCGCCUCGUCGUCCCUUACACUGCAAGCGUUCUCAGAAGGUCGCAGCAGACGGGGAAUACGACUACCGCCACAGCGGCACCAUGUAUUUCGGCUGGACUGCAGUCAACCCCACCCCCGGAGCUCCUAACGAAACCGUGCUUGUCGCCAACUUUACCACAAUGGGGGCCUUUGCUAUAACGGGUACAAGCGCCCUUGGGACCUCUGAAGCCGAGACUGUGGUUGAGCCACACUGCGCUGCUGUCAACACUCCCCCGUACUUUGUUCCCGGGCCUGUAGAGCAGAAACCCGGACCUGUUCCCUUGGCUUGGGCGAUGAACACCACGAUGAGACCCAUUGGCCCGGGAUAUGUAGCUGCAAGAAGCGUGGUGGUGUUUCCAAGGAGGAGGCAGAUGUGGGUGAGCUUUAUGUCUGCCUUUGGCAAGGACAUGAGUGCUUCUGCCACGGUCGCUCGCCUUCGCUUGUCCUUGAGGCUCAAGCGCCGGUGGCGCCCGUUCCGGGUGUUUCUGGAGCGGUUCAAAGCGGUGGGGGUGGGCGGAGGGAACAGCCUCAUUCAGCCGAACAUCGCUCUCAACAGGUGGGAGAGAGGGGAAGAAGGGGUGGAGCGGCAGUGGGGGAGAGAGGGGGGGUGGAGAUGCAGGGAGAAGGGAGGGGGCCAAGGCGUGGGCAUCAUGGCAGCAUCGCUGGCAGGGCGUUCCUUCUACCCCUCAGCUGCCUAUGCCACUCUCAACGCCAAUGUGGAUGUCGGCCGCAUCAAUGUUGUUGGUGCGGGGAAAGCGCCUCUCGAUGACUACUUUGGGUACCUGAGUGACAGGAUGCUGUUUUCAAACUACAUGGCGGCAACAGUGGAUGAGGAGGGCAAUGCGUGGGCAGCAGUACAGUAUGUGGCGGGGCAGCCGCGCACCGAGUGGAGCAACUGGGGCACCUUUGUGUUCAAAGUCACCCUGCACGAGGGGGAGGUGGGGGGUGGGGGGAAUGGGGGGGAUGGGGUGAACGGGGAUAAUGGUGGGAAUGGGGAUACCAGUGGGAAUGGGGAUGACGGGGGGAAUGGGGAUACCAGUGGGAAUGGGGAUGACGGGGGGAAUGGGGAUACCAGUGGAAAUGGGGAUGACGGGGGGAAUGAGGAUCAUGAGGGGAAGUAG